AUGGUGGAGCGAGAGGAGAUGUUGAACCGGGAAGUGACUAGGCUGCUUCAGGAUCUGGAGCAGAAAACCCAGGAGCAGAAUAAUCCAGAGCAUAGUGGCUUUGCCUGGGGGGCCCUGCUCUUUCCUGCCUUGCAGCAGUGGAAGCUUUGGGCCAUUGCUGGAUUCCAGGUCCUGUUUUACAUAUUAUUAUGGUGGUUCAUGAAAAGCAACCGUGAGCCAGACCACAGAAGCCAUGAGGAGGACUCCAGCAACAGGGACCAGCAGCAGGAGGAAGAAUAUGACAGUGAUGAAGUGGGAAGGUUUCUUGAGGAGCAUAUACAGUGGCCAGCUGAAGACCUGAUUGAAGAUGGGGAUACUGUAAAGAGCAUAGUGGAGGCCCUUGUGCUUGUUUUCCGAAACAUCACAUCAGAAGGUUUCCAACCUGUGAUGAAAUUGCCCAUUGCAGUGGGCAGUGCCUUUGAAGGUUGGAGUCAUCGUGAGGAAGACAUUGUCUAUCGCUUGUUCGUGCCCCUGAGCCCACCCAGUGGACACACCUUCCACCUGGAACUGGACACAGAGGGAGAGAAGAUGGAAAGGAACUUCCGCAUCCACGUGAAGCUGACGUGCACCUGUGCAAGCGAACCACAAGAGAUGCUGUGCUUCCUUCACCACCCUGAGGAGGAGCUGAGGAGAAAUCAGAAGCCUAGUCUCCUAGAAUCCCAGGUAUUUUGCACUGGGUCCUACCUAGAUGUGAACAAAACUGCCCGCUGGUUCUAUCAAUUGGUGAGAGCAUCCUGGGUGAUUCUGCCUCAGUCGGCCAUAUGGCGUCUAAAGAUGCUGCCCUUUGACCGCUCCUGCAAAUUCCAGAUGAAGAGAAACAGUGCAAGCCCCCUCACCGUUGAGCUGAUGUUUGGGGUACAGCAAGGCAAGUCAAACAUCUUUGUGGGCAACCAGAGUGCAGAGGGCAUCUUCACUCCAAGCACAACGUGGCCAGAGACUUAUGCUGUGGCAGAGACUAAGUUCCUCAGCCAUAUAGCUGAGAAGGCCCACAAAGACAGUUUCCACCUCAAAUGCCUGCAGAUCUGCAGCUGCAGCCUGGUGGGCACAGGGGUUUCCUCCUAUAUCAUGAAGACAGUUGUGAUGCACCUCCUGACCAUCAUCUCCAUAUCACGCUGGCGCAGGAAGUACUUCCUGUUGCGGCUGCAGGAUAUUAUGCGGUUCCUGCACUCCUGCCUGGAGGACAAAUGCCUCAACCACUUCUUCUUAGGCAACAAGAAUUUGCCUGCAGAGAUAAAAUUGCCCCUGGGCUUCCCAAUGACUGAACCAAUCAACCUCUUCCAGCACCUGGAGCAAGAUCCGGACGCACACGCUGAGGCGCUGCGUAACUUCCGCGUCCUGCACGAGCGGUUCACAAGACUGCUGAUCUUUGGUCGCUGA